CCACCUUACCCGCCAAUUAACAUUCCCUCCUCCUGAUAUCUGACAUAAUCUCCCGCUCAGAACCCUCUUCCCCAGCUUCUCCAGCAUGCAGGCAGUUCAUGCCUUCCAUGUUUUGAUGAACGCAAUCUCAUUCACCGGAUGAUUGCGGAAGAGUGUUCAUGAGAAUGAAGAGGUCAUCGACGUUGUCAUGCUCGGGACAUCAGCAUCCCCGUCUUCGUACUAGAUCACCGGUGUCUCUGAGGGCUAUCCUUUCCACGGUCCUCGUGCUUUUAGGUCUCGUGUGGUUCCUCUUGUCUGCAGUAUUCCAUGUCAGCUACGUUCCCCGGACUGUCGAGAGGUCGACAUCCUCAAGAAGGACAAGUUUAUCGACCGAACUGUUCAAACAGUACUUGAAGGUGGUUGCAGGAGAAGAAAGGAACCAGCCAUCACCUUCUACUUGGGAUAAUUUGGACCUCAAUUAUGUCAGCAAGAGAAGAGUCCCUAGUGGCCCCGACCCCAUCCACAACAGGAGAGCAGUGAAGUAUAGACAACCUCCCGGAGCUUGAAGCGAGCUAAAUCGACCGUUACAGAAAUGCAUUGCUCACUGAGUUCGCCGGAAGAAGAAUUCACUGGUGGAUCACAACCAGCUCGUGAUUAAGUUGAAGUGCCGUGAUCUCCGCACAUUUAAGCCGGAAGUUUUUUGAUUGAUGGAGGAAUGUGGUAGUGCUAGGCUUUCAUCAUUCAAUGUAAAGAAGUGGUUUUGCGAUGUUAUGCUGUCUUGAAAGUACUCUGUGUUCUAAUAUCUUUUGUUUCAUCGGUUCAAUUAACAUGUAACGUUGAUUAUAUAAUGACAUCCUUUUGUAUUUGAAUA